AUGAAGUACCCUCGCUGCGUCCUGCUCGUGCUCGCUGCGCUUCUCGCGCUGGCGCAGGCCAAGUCCAUCCCGGUGGCCGCCGCCACGGACGCCCAUGCGCACGACCUCCGCGUCGCCCGCUUCGCCCUCGACACUCUCAACGCGCACCUCUCGACCGCCCACGCGAUGCAAACCUUCUCGGCCCCCGACGUGACGCCCGAGGCCGCCAAGGAGUAG